CGACAUAGUUUUUCAAACGGCUCGAGCCUUGUUAUCCCGGCCGUCCGUAUCCUUUUUUUACUUUCACUGGCACAUGUUGCGCCAGAGUUCAGGUAAAUUCUAUCCUUGCGUACACGGACAUUGGUAGCCAAGCCAAACGGACGUAGUUGGUAUUCUACGUUUGUCGCGGCGACGUUGGAUCGCGCGAACCGCUACGUGAUUAGCAGCAGCAGAAACUACGACAUGGAUUUCCCUCGCUAUUUGAUGAUCGUGGUAUCGGUCCUAUUGGUAUUUCACACUGAAACAUGCUUGUCGGUCGCCAAUCCCGGCGUUUUGACAUUCCUUACUGAUUUCAUCCAACAAAACCUAGUUGGAACACCGGUGAUCCACGAAAAAACCGAGUGGGAUUUCGAUCCGGAGGUUGGAAAACAGAGGAGGAUCAGAUACGAGCAGGAAAAUGGACGCUACGGUGAGAUUGCCAUAGCGAAGAACGGCAUGGGCGUCGGUUACAAAGGAUCUUGGGGCACGCCUGUAUGAAAAUAAAUUUGUAAAAAAUUAAUGAUUUAUAAAUAAAUGCUAGCUGAACAUAAAUAUCGUGAGGUUUACUGAAGAUUAUGUUUGAAGGGAAGAAGUAAAAUGAGCAAUGUCCAUUCCUUGUGAUUUUCUAUUUUGUCGAACAUUUUAUUUGUGACAAUUAAGACUACAGAACUAUUAGAUUACAAUGAUUAUAUUGUUCAGAAUAUUUCUAUAAGAUAAUGCAAGACGUAAGAAUUUUGAUGUACUGAUCAAACACGUGGCAUGCCUAUGUAUAGUAAUAAAGAAUACUUAAUUUUUUCAGUGAA